GUCUUUAUUUUUAUAAAUAAAACGUAGUUAGGAUUUUUAUCAUUCGGAGUAAUCACUCUAAGUAAAUAAUAUUUUUGUUAAUGAAAUUUGGUAAUUCCUCCAAUAUCUAAAAGUGUUCAUGAUUAUUUUUUCAAAUUUAGAUUAUUAAUGAAUUGAUUUGGUUUUUUAAUAUGCCACCAAAACAAAGGAAAAUUGCCAUAAUGGGCUAUCGAUCUGUCGGAAAGUCAUCACUCAGUAUUCAAUUUGUAGAAGGACAAUUUGUCGACUCAUAUGACCCAACAAUAGAAAAUACUUUUGUUAAAACAACUAAAGUGAAUAAUCAAGAGUAUGACCUUAAGUUGGUUGACACUGCUGGACAAGAUGAGUAUUCCAUUCUUCCUACUCAGUAUUCAAUGGAUAUUCAUGGAUAUGUAUUAGUUUAUAGUAUUACAUCACCAAAAUCAUUCGAAAUUAUUCAAGUUAUUUAUGAUAAGUUAUUAGAUAUGACUGGCAAAGUACACAUACCCGUAGUACUUGUUGGCAAUAAAAAAGAUUUACAAAUGGAUCGUGUUGUUACUCAAGAAGAAGGACAAAGACUGGCUGAAUCAUGGAAAGCUGUAUUUCUAGAAGCUUCAGCCAAACAGAAUGAGGUAACUUCUAAAAAAAUUGUGUUGUUGGAAUUGACAGUGUGUUGCUGAUAUUUUUCAUACCAUGUUGAUGGAAAUUGAGAAAGCUAAUGGAAAUGUUCAAGAAAAAUCAAACUGUAGUGUUUCUUAAAAUCAUAAACAAAUAAUAAUAAUGACUGUUAUAUUGAAUUAUUUAUGUAGCCUAAUUUUAUGUUGUCUUAUCUCAGUGAAUGAAAAAUAUUGUAUUCUGAAAUUAUUGUUAUAAAUUAUUUAAUUUGCAACUAAUGUGAAUAUUUGUUAUACUUUUAGUUAAACACAUACUAUACUUAUUUCUAUUUAAAUUCUUUUAUGCCUCCUAAAGAACAUGUUUUUUUUUUUUGAAACUUAUGUUUGUUAUUAUAUGUAUUUCUUGUAAACCUAUUAAGAUAAAAAUAUUGUACAAUUUAUUUAAUUAUAACUAGUCUUUAAGACAAUUUCUAUUAAAAAAUAAACAACUACUUUUAUUAGAUUAA